AACCACGAAUGGCGGUAUCAUUGUUGGCGAAUUUCUGCAACAGUGGAUUAGAGCAGCUCUGUCAGACACCGGAGCCUUUGAAGUUCUAUUACCAAAUUAACGAACAGGAAAACUUCGGGCGUGCGCAUAUGGAGCAAAAGGUACAAAUGGAAUUCGUCAACAAUUUUUACAACAAUCAACAACAACAACAGCAACAACAGCGACAGGAGCAACAACAACAACCGGUGCAAAGUCAGCACCCGAACAGUCAACAACAACAACAGCAACAAGGCCCACAGAAUUUCGAAGAGAUUUCCCAGAACUACAAUCUCGAUAACGACGAUACCUACAGUGGUUCCCCGAACAAUUUCCAAGAUUAUCGGAACAAUUUUGUGGACUCACCACCGGACUCCAAGGAAAAUUGGCCCGACGAGUACAGCAAAAUGCAACCGUUGCACGCACCGCUCAGCGACGCGAACGUAACUCCGACAACCACCGUGGUCGCGGUGGCGGCGGCAGCAGCAGCAGCAGCGGCUGUGGCCGCCCAACAGGAUGGAACCUACACUGCUGCGAUUCCGAAUCGAAAACGACGCCUCGAGUGGAUAUCCGCCAACCAGGAGGAUAAAAUCGGCCGUUCCGAGCCUAAGAUUGCCAACACCGACAAAGAUCGUGAUGCCAAACGUAAAGGUGCAAUGCGCUGGCAUGAGGAACUAGACCUUGAUUUGAGCAACGAAUUGUCCAACAACGGCUACAUCAGUGACUCACUACUGAACUUUCCCGUCUUCAAGCAAGAAAUGCCAUCACCACCUCAAAAAAUCGGCACAGAAGUGAUAAAAGGUUCGAAAGGUCCAGUAGCAUCAAACUCGCUGAAUCACCAGCAACAGCAUCAUCAUCAGCACCAGCUACAGGGUCAGGACAAUCCACAGCAAGAACAGCAGCACAAUAAUCAGGUUGGGUCACAGCAAAACAUAAACAAUGUUGUCAACAUCAGUGGCGCUCCACAAGGCUCGGUUUGCAACGAAACGCUUGUCGAAGAAAUCGCCGGCGUGGGUCAAGGCAACAUGAAUGGCAUUGGCGGAUUUCAAAACUUCAUGCACGGAAACCGUUAUGAUAAUACAGGAAACCUCACUCAAUCACACAGCAAUGGCCAAUGCACGGAGUUGAAAGAUGACACCAGAUUCCAGUACGUGCUAGCCGCAGCCACGUCCAUCGCCACCAAGAACAAUGAAGAAUCUCUCACCUACUUAAACCAGGGUCAGAGCUAUGAGAUUAAGCUGAAAAAACUCGGCGAUUUGGCGACCUUCCGAGGAAAGAUACUGAAAAGUAUUAUAAAGAUUUGCUUCCACGAGCGUCGCUUGCAAUACAUGGAACGCGAACAGAUGCAGCUGUGGCAAGCUUCCCGCCCGGGGGAAAGAAUUUUAGAUGUUGAUAUUCCACUUUCGUAUGGAUUGAUUCAGGUGCAACCGAACAGCAGCAAUCUUUUGAACACAAUGGAAGUGUACUGGGAUCCCAUGAAGGAGAUCGGUGUCUACAUCAAGGUGAACUGUAUUUCGACCGAAUUCACGCCGAAGAAGCACGGCGGCGAAAAGGGUGUUCCCUUCCGGAUUCAAGUGGAAACUUAUCUGGACACUGACAGUGGUAGCAAUUCUGGUGGAUUGGAUUGUUCCGUCAAACCACUGCACGCGGCUGCGUGUCAAAUUAAGGUUUUUAAAUUGAAAGGAGCCGACCGUAAGCACAAACAAGAUCGCGAGAAAAUUCUUAAACGGCCACCGGCAGAGCAAGAGAAAUAUCAGCGCAGCAGCGAGUGUACUUUUUUGACGGAUAUAACAACCGAACCGAUGCUUACGCCUCUGGUUGGCAGUUACAGUCCCGAACAAGUAAAACGUAAUAUAUCACCACUGCUUAAGGCACCUACUUCGCCGGUGCAUAUGAACAAAUUUGAGAACAUCAUGUCUUCGUUUUGCAACGGUUCGGUUAACUCAACCAACAAAUCAGUGGUGAUGGGUGCCGCGGCAGCUUCGAGCAAUCCGAUUGCUAUCAGUAACGUUUCCUCCACGAACAGCCUCUGUAAACUGAUCGACCAAAGUGCACUCUCACCUACGCAGGUCAGUGCGGAUGUAGACGAUUAUGUGCCAAACAUAACGAAGGAUUCGAGCCCAUCCGCACUCGCUCAGUGGAUGAGUUAUCAUCGACUAAAUGCAUACGCGAAGACUUUCUCGCAAUUUUCUGGAUCAGAUUUGUUGAGAACUUCCAAGGAUGAUUUGUGCAAAAUUUGUGGCGUUGCCGAUGGAAUACGCAUGUACAAUAUACUACAUUCAAAAGCCAUUAUGCCUCGUCUCACCAUAUACGUUUCCUUCGAUGGCACCAUGUAUCACGCCGUUUAUCUGCACACAGGCACCUUGAACGAACUUGUGCAAAGUUUGCAAAGAAUUCCCGAUUUCGUUGAAGCCAUACAGGGCUUAAACUCAUCCGAUAGCACCAAUCCAUGGUCCGGUAGCUUCCAACGGUCGCUGAAGAGUGCUGCUGGGGCGGGUGGAAAUAAAUACGCGAACGUUACGACCAGUGAUGCGCACACCUCGGUACCAUCGCCCUCGUCGCCCAUUUCUUCGUCGUCCACCGUUCCGAGACUUAAUUUACUGGUCAAUGGCCCGAAUGGAGUACAUGUCCUGCUGACGGAUGAGGUGCUGAGCAACAUCAAGGAAGAAAGUCUGUUCCAGCUUGAGGUAAAAUCAAACGGUAAUGUUCUUAUGAAAGCAGUCGCAGUUUCGAAUAGUGCUUCAUCAGGGAGUAGUGGGGAAAAUGAUAUGAAUUGAACGCUGAAAAUAUUUAAUGUUGAAUCUUCAACCCUUCUCUCUUGUGAAUGAAUUUCCAUGCGUUUCUUUGUUUCGAAUAAUUACCAUCCACCAACAAAAUUAUGAAAACAUGCUUCAUGUGCCUCAGGUUGCACGACAGUACUUCAAUUCUUCAAUACAGCAAAUAAACCGUAUCAUUCUAGUUACAUAUACCAUUGCCGUACGGGACAUGAGAAAAUUCGUAACUUGUGUGCCAUUGAGUCGAUUUGAAAACAAAUCAAGAGAACCCAUGUUGCCUUCUGAUUCCAACAAAACAUGGCGCCAAUGUCACUGGCAUUGGUGUCAAAUCGGUGAAAACGUAGCAUUUAAUCGCCAGUGUUGAACGUGUCGUUAUUUCUUGUUUAAGGGGUGAAGUAGAUAAGAGCGCAGUCUGACUAAGAGAUUUUUCGCAAGUACAAAAUCAUUUUGAAUGUAAGUCUUGUUAUGUAAACACUACAUUUGCAUUACUCCGAAAGAAACAAAAAACUAAUGUGCCUUAUUCGCAAUGUUAAACUAUAAGUAUGAUAAACAUCACACACACACAAACAUCCGCGAGAGCAAUGGAAAACAUUUAUUGAAAAUUUGUUAAUUUCGGGAUAUGUUAAAAUUGACAUAAUGAAGCACUCAUACGAUACAUAAAAAAAUAAAGCAUGUGAUUAUUUUUCUCAAAAUAUAUGUCUUAAUGAAGGAGGAACAGAAGAUGUCAGAACAGUGGCCGAAUCAGUUUUGAUGGUUACGCGUAAUUUUUAUAUAAUAAAAUUUAUGUUUUGUGAACAGAAUAUUAGAGUUCAAAUUGAAUAUUUGUAUUUUCAAAUAAAAUUCGAAACAACA